AUAUAGGAAGAUGGGGCUCCUGUAGCCCUAUUCAGACAUUAAAUGUGUCCAAGUUUCUGUACACAUGUAUGUGUUCAUGUGUGAAUGACUGUACAUGCGUUCACUUUAAAAGUGAACCUGGAUACAGCUCCCUAAAAUGCAUGGCAGAGAUGAUAAGCCUACUUCUGUAUAUGCAUUUAUCAUAACUUGAAGAAUUGUACUUGUGUGCAGAUCUGUGUGCACAGAUUAUACAUGCAUUGAACAUAAUGUCUGAAUAGGGUUUCUCUCUCUCUGUCAUGUAGAAGGGGGGAUAUGUCAUCGGGUGAGAGAAACUGCUGGAUUUUGUUCUCUUCUUUGGUCUUCUACAAGAGUCCUGCUUGUUUUCUCCCCCUCUUUUGCCACACCCUCCGUUACUAGACAGUGAUGAAUCUGGUUUCUGUGAGAUCACCAGAUUAGAAAUAGAUGUCUCAGCUGCCAAAAUUAUGAACCAUGAAGUUGGUAGAGAUCAGUAUUCUAGCCAGACGUCAAUGAAAUGUUUCCUGUGUGCAUUGCGGUCUUGCCUAGUACCAUUUCUUCCCAUGAUGCUUCAUUUCUGGUCAGAUUCAUACAUUAUGAGUUGGCUGUAAUUGUUGCCCAAAAGGUAUGUCUGGGUGGUGAGACUUGUGCUGCAGCCAGCAUAUCUUUAAUGGAAAUCCUGUUUCCCUUAUGAUAACUGAAUUGUGUAGCAAAUAGCCCCAGCGAGAAGCAGCUCUGUUGUAAAUACUUCACCAUGGAAUCUGAUGUAUGGGAGAUGGGUUAAAGAUGUCACUGCUGCUCCCCCUAAAUAGGAAUAGGCUUUUGGCAGCAAAUAUCCUGCAUCAUGUUUUAAUUGGGUCUGGGUCUAUAGUAGUUUAUCUCAUUGAAGUGCCAACCCACAGCUUGAAAAACCUGGUUUAUAAACCUUGUAGCAUUUGCAUUCCUUGCUAACUUUAUUCCCUUCAGCCUUUUUCCAUCCUGUCCCUCCCCACAGCCCUGCCUGUUUGAAAAACAUUGGUUUAAUCUUAACACCUUGGGGUUUGACCUUGGUUUAGCAUUGCUGUAACUUAAUGUGGGUUAGCUGUUCCAUAGUAUCUGACAACCCUGUUGUACUUGCAAUGACGGGCUGAUAACAUGGGGCUGUUCUUGCUUGAGCAAAACACUUUUCUGUAUAAGUGACAAUGCUGGCAAUGUCCAAGUAAAAUGGAGGUUGGAAAAAAGUGUAAAGUACCUGCUAGAACACAUUGACUGCCAUGGCUGAUGAAGUUGACUUCACCACUGGAGAUGCUGGUGCUUCAGCCACUUACCCAAUGCAAUGUUCUGCACUCCGCAAGAACGGCUUUGUGGUGCUGAAAGGGCGUCCCUGCAAGAUUGUUGAAAUGUCAACUUCCAAAACUGGCAAACAUGGCCAUGCUAAGGUCCAUCUAGUUGGUAUUGAUGUUUUCACUGGGAAGAAAUAUGAAGAUAUCUGCCCUUCAACUCACAACAUGGAUGUUCCAAAUAUCAAGAGGAAUGACUAUCAACUGAUCUGUAUACAGGAUGGCUACCUCUCUUUGCUGACAGAAAGUGGUGAUGUUCGCGAGGAUCUUAGGGUGCCAGAAGGUGACCUGGGGAAAGAAAUAGAAGGGAAAUACAAUGCAGGUGAAGAUUUCCAGGUGUCAGUCAUGUGUGCAAUGAGCGAAGAAUGUGCUGUAGCCAUAAAACCCUGCAAAUAGGACCAUCUGGAUUUGUGCAGUUGCUCAGGUCCUGGCAAUUGCAGAUCUUGUAUCUUUAGUUCCAGUUAUCACCAAAGCUAUAACCUUCACUAGCAACCUCGUGUCUUUGUUUGAAAAUAGUGCUGACUAAUGUUGCAAGCCAUUUGGCAAUAUUAAAAUUGCUAAAGUUCAAGUGCUUACAGGAAUGGCAAGGCAGUCAUAACUGUCAUUUUAGAUCAUGAGGUAUUAAACUAGUAUGCUUUGCUCGAAUGAGACUCUGUAUAGCAGUGCCAAUACCAAGGUAAUACUAAGUUUGGGUUUAAGUAAGAAUAGUGUUUAAGUACAACAUUUUAAAUAAAUGAAAAUAACCAUUUUUAUCUUAAACAUGGUGAAAUGUGGCUUGUACAGAAUUGUGAAUAGUAACUGAGCUAGAGACAAGGGAACUCAUGUGAUCAAAAUGCCAGUGCUGAUGGCCGUGUACAACAAACUGUAUAUCUAUAGUCUUGCUGGCUCACUCUUAACACAAGUCACCAUUUGCCUGUGAUGUAAACAUCCAGAAUAUUGGAUGCUUUCAUACUCUGGUUAAUAGUGCACAAAAGAUUGGGGGUGGGGGUGGGGAGAGGAGAUUCACUAGAGGCCUUUGAUUUCAACAUGCAGUGUAGCCACUCUUCUGCCAGUUAAAAGAAGGGCAUGCCUCGAGUGUUUCAGUAUCUGGCAUAACUUAAGUUUUAACUCUUUUGUUUUGUAGCACAAGUAGACUUCUUGACUUUUUAAAAACUGAAGCAAAAGUGCACAUACUUAUUUGUAUGGAGGCUAAAUCUGAAUCCUGUUUCACCCUACUGAAUUUAGGCAACAAGCUGUAAAAUCUAGUAAAGAAUUUUAUAGGACAGAGUGCUCCAAGUAGAGAAACUUUGGAACUAGAUUAUAGGGGUAAGUGGCUCAAAAUCUACUUGUGCAGGACUUGGUUACACCAAACAGGCGAAUGCCUAACUGAAUUACUAAUAACUAGACAUACUGUCUACAUGAUCAUCCAAGAUCAUGCUUCUGUUUAGCAUUUGGGAGGGAACCUAAUUACUGAAAUUUGCCUUAAAUGUUGGUAGCAACUGACUAACUUGAACUAGUGACUGGAUUGUUAAAACAUGCUUAAUUUGUUACUGGCAACUCUUUUUUGGUAGUAGGAAACAGGAUUUUGAACAUCAUUUGCUGAUACAGUUGUCCUUAAUCAGUGAAGUUAGACUAGAGAUGUAAAAAACUGCUUCAGGGUCUCAAAUGUAGGCUAUAGACUUAACUAAAGCAAGUAUCUAUGCAGAGAAGGGGCACAAUACAGAUUGAUCUGGCAAUAAACAUUCUUGAACAAAGCACAGUCUUGACAUAGUAAGUAAUUGCUGCACGUUUCAAGAUCUAGGGCUACUAGAAAGCUGAAGGAUUUUAGCAUAUUGUUAGAAUCUAAUCACGUGGUUAUUCCUAGAUAGUUGGUUCUCCAUAUUUGUAGUAGGAAUGGGAUGUCCUGAUUUGAAACAUGGAUUCCAUUUACUAGUAAUAUUAAUCAUGAUCAAAUGAAGUUACUCCUACAGCUCCUACUGUGCCUGAGCAGCUGAAAGAAGCAAACUUGUGUCAUAGUAUUGGAAAAAUCCUACUAGCAUCUUACUGUUUUCUUCAUCAAGGACAUGUGCAACUGAAAUAUCUGGAGGCUGUUGGCUUACUGAAAUGUAUCCCUUAAAGUGCCCCUCCUCCCUUUUUGGAAAGGUGGUGUCUUAAUGUCAACUUGAUUUUUAGUAAUUGGGCACCACAGGUAGGAUUUCUAGGCUAGAUAGGAAGAAAUAGAUCAUCUGUUGGAUAGGUCAUAUGGAGGGCACUGUUGUGUAGACAGCUGUGCAAUCUCAUCACUUCAUCGGUUAAACAGUAUUUUUUUUUAAGGUAAUAGCAAAGCCAUUUCACUUGUAGAGGGCAAUCUGUCUACAAAGCCACCAGGUUUACAAUAAAAUAACUUUGCUAAUAAAAGCUUGAAAUGCUGUAUCGUUCAGGUUCUUUAAACUAUUUCAGGGUGAUCAUGUUUCUCUAAAUUCUACUUCUAAAUGGUUUUUACUUUGUAGCUUAAAAUUAAAUGCAAUUUGUUCCAAGAGCAGACUCGAGCUCUUCUAACAAGCUGUUGGCCAAAAUAAAGGCUGAACAACUCAUUCCUGCUGUUACUUUGUAAUAGCAUAAGCUUUAUUGUUUCAGGUCCAUCUCUGUUUUUGUUCAGUGUGCUGUAGGUUCUCUUGCCUCAAAUGUUAGGGAAUUCUUUUUUAAAAAUCCAAAUUUACCUCUUGAUAUAUCGUCUUGUGUCUUUGUGUUCAACAAAACCACUGCUAGUUGAGCCAUGACUUGAAUAUACUCUUCUCAGGGCUGCUCUUGUGAAGAAUUGAAAGAGCUUAAGUUGAUUAUUUUAACAAAGCUGCUUGAAAGUCUUACAGGGUUUUGUAUUCCAUAAAUGUAUAGCAUGCCUAUGAUGCAAGUAGAGUUCUAGUAUAUUGAACCUUAGUUUAAAGGGGUCAAACAUUGUGACCAAGCUCUUCUAGUGACUAGAUGACAUGUUUGACUGCAGUAAGCUUUAAGUGUUGGAAUGUUGGCUGUGUCUGGGAACAUUUUAAUUAAUAGAACUUGCUGUGCUUAAAUAUUUCAUUCUGUAUAAAGUACAAGAUUCUCAUACAUUAUAUAAUUUUUCACAGUGCAACUCAGACACUGAUCUCUGGCUUUAUCUGCAUUGUGGUUUCUAAGCCUUGUAGAACUCUGAAUGCUCAUGAUCAGUGACUGUUAUGUUACAACUGGACAUUAUUGUAAACAGUGUGGGGAGAAGGGUUUUUUUAAUUUGCAACACAUGGUAGCUAAGACAAGUAUGUAAUAUACCUACCGGGAAGCAAAUGGGUGCAGUGUUCAUUGUGAAAGAGUGACCUUGACUUUAAAAUAAAAACUUGAAAGGUUUGUACUUUUUUCUGCAUUUCUGUAAUAGUGAAGUAUUCAUGUGUUAAGAGUUCAUGCCUUUUAACGAGUGUUUUAUUGAAAUGUUUGAAUUAUGACUUGUCACAUUAAAGAAAAUUUAAACCUAAA